CCUGUGACAUCAGAGUCCAGACUUUAUAAAUGUCAGCAGGCAUGAGAAUGAGCUCUUAGCAAACAGCUCCACUGGCUGCACCAAUCCACCACACUGGUUAUAGCGGGAGAGACUGACCUGCAUCAGUAACACAAUGGACCGACUGGAUCACUGCGUGAUUACUCUGGCUGUGCUGCUCUAUGUGGCGACACAGGUGCUGUGCCAGCUGUGCAACAGGCCUUGCCUUUGCCCUAAUUCUGUCCCUCAGUGUCCCGCGGGUGUCCCCCUGGUGCUGGAUGGCUGCCGGUGCUGCCAGGUGUGUGCUCGGCAGCGAGGCGAGACCUGCUCAGAGAUGUUGCCCUGCGACAGGCAGAAAGGACUGCAGUGUGACUUCAGUGCCACCUUCCCUGGAGACCCUGGAGAGUGUGUCUCUGAGGAGGAUCUGAGCUGUGAGGUCAAUGGCAUCACUUACCUCAACGGCCAGUCCUUCCAGCCAUCCUGUGACUCCUACUGCCACUGCCGAGGCGGAGGGGUGUCCUGCGUGCCAGCCUGUCCGCUGACUGCUCGUCUUCCCACCCCAGACUGUCCCAGCCCACAAUUUGUCCGGCUACCGGGGAAGUGCUGCAGGGAAUGGGUGUGUGAAAACCUCGACAACACGGUCAUUCAAGAUGCCAUAAGAGCCAUGAGCCCGGCCAGGUCGUGGCCAAAAAUGCCAAGAACUCACCUCCUGAAACAGCUGAUCCUGCCGGCCUCCACCUGCGUAGAGCAGUCCACCCAAUGGAGCGCCUGCUCCCAGAGCUGCGGGGCUGGGGUCUCCACACGCGUCUCCAACCAGAAUCCUGCCUGCAAGCUGCAAAUGGAGACCCGACUUUGUAAAGUGCGACCGUGCCGGCAUGUUCAGUCCCACGGUAAACCCACGAAAGGACACCUGGGUAGGUGCAAGGCCAGCUAUCGGACACCAGGUCCCAUCCGGCUCGUGCAUCAGGGCUGCUCCAGCACUGGAGUCUACCAGCUCCGGUACUGCGGACAGUGCACCGACUCUCGAUGCUGUACGCCCCACAAAACCUCCACCGCUCAGGUGACCUUCCGCUGCCCCACAGGCAGACUGAUGCAGAGGGCUGUGAUGAUGAUCCACUCAUGCGUUUGUCACAACAACUGUCCCUACGCGCCCUACAGUAACCCUGCUCUCUGGCCACACAGGCCCUGAUUGCUCUGUUGACAUACGAACGCGCUGAGCAUAAGACGACUGAUCUGACAACCUGAGAGAUGAAAAACACAAGAUUCAAUUUCAAUGACGAUAGACAUGAAAAUAGUUAGAGGAAACUGUGACUGACCUAGACGAAUGUUGAUUUAGAAACAUUGAUGAACUCUGCACUCUCUUGAAGGCUUCAGGAUGCUUCAGCACCUUGUAAAGCAUUACAUGCUCACCUUCUUUCCACAAACUAAAAAACUCGUAGAAACAUUCUCUUAAAGGGAUACUUCACAUUGUUUCCUGCAAUAGAAAACUCUCUGCAGCUUGGAAAGUUGAAAGACAUUUCCACAAUUCACUGUUCCAGUAAAACAAUGGCUGACCGGAAGAAGUGGAUUUCUACCCCCUUACAGCAACUCAAACGUUCAAACUUUCAUUGCGCUUCAUGUUAAUGCAUAUUUGCAUCAUAUUCUGUCACAGAAUCACCAACUGAGAUUUCAAAUCACCUACCAGACAAAGACUGCAAAAAGCAGAUUUUAAAAUUAAAAUUACUGUUCCAUUUAUCAAGAGUAAAAAAACGCUAUCUGAACCAACUUGACUCUAUUUGAAGUAGGAAUUUCCCCCCUCCCUUAUUAAAUCC